GAAAAAAAGAAAAAAUACAGAAAAAGAGAAAAAACAAAACAAAACAAAACCAAGCACUCCGCCGGAUCCGACCGCCACUUUCCAACCCCCCCACGGCUCUAGACCCGCGGGAGCUUCCGUCCCUCAGUAGAAUUCAAGGGUGGAAAGAAGAGGAAGGGGGAAAAAACCUUGUACCAGCCCAGGGGUGAAGAAGCCCCCGGCCUGAGAAGGAAGGAAGGAGUGGGGGAGGCCAACAGUCUCCUUGCUGCCUCUGUAGACGCUGAGGGGGGAGGAACUGUCUUUCUUAGAGGAAGCACACUGUCAUUUUACUCACAUAAAUAUAUGAAUAUAUUUCUGACAUUGGGGUGAUCCAGAAGAUGAUAAAGAAAUGAUAGCAGCUCCAGAAAUACCAACUGAUUUUAAUCUACUGCAGGAGUCAGAAACACACUUUUCUUCUGACACAGAUUUUGAAGACAUUGAAGGAAAAAAUCAAAAGCAAGGCAAAGGCAAAACUUGUAAAAAAGGCAAAAAGGGUCCAGCAGAAAAGGGUAAAAGUGGAAAUGGAGGAGGAAAACCUCCUUCUGGUUCAAACCGAAUGAAUGGUCAUCAUCAACAGAAUGGAGUUGAAAACAUGAUGUUGUUCGAAGUUGUGAAAAUGGGCAAGAGUGCUAUGCAGUCGGUGGUGGAUGAUUGGAUUGAAUCCUACAAGCAUGACCGAGAUAUAGCACUUCUUGACCUUAUCAAUUUUUUUAUUCAGUGUUCAGGCUGCAAAGGAGUCGUCACAGCAGAGAUGUUUAGACAUAUGCAGAACUCUGAGAUAAUUCGAAAAAUGACAGAAGAAUUUGACGAGGAUAGUGGGGAUUACCCACUUACCAUGGCUGGUCCUCAGUGGAAGAAAUUCAAGUCCAGCUUCUGUGAGUUCAUUGGUGUGUUAGUACGGCAAUGUCAAUACAGUAUCAUAUAUGAUGAGUACAUGAUGGAUACUGUCAUUUCACUUCUUACUGGAUUGUCUGACUCUCAAGUCAGAGCCUUUCGACAUACAAGUACCCUGGCAGCUAUGAAGUUGAUGACUGCUUUGGUAAAUGUGGCACUAAAUCUUAGCAUUAAUAUGGAUAACACACAAAGACAGUAUGAGGCAGAACGGAAUAAAAUGAUUGGAAAACGAGCUAACGAAAGGCUAGAACUCCUGUUACAAAAGCGUAAAGAGCUUCAGGAAAAUCAAGAUGAGAUAGAAAAUAUGAUGAAUGCAAUAUUUAAAGGAGUGUUUGUACAUAGAUACAGGGAUGCAAUAGCUGAAAUCAGAGCUAUAUGCAUUGAAGAGAUUGGCAUUUGGAUGAAGAUGUAUAGUGAUGCCUUCCUUAAUGACAGCUAUUUAAAAUAUGUUGGUUGGACUAUGCAUGAUAAGCAAGGUGAAGUCAGACUCAAAUGUCUUACUGCUUUACAAGGGCUUUAUUAUAACAAAGAGCUCAAUUCCAAACUGGAACUCUUUACCAGUCGAUUCAAGGAUAGAAUUGUGUCUAUGACCCUUGACAAAGAAUAUGAUGUUGCAGUACAAGCAAUAAAGUUACUCACUCUUGUUUUACAGAGUAGUGAAGAAGUUCUAACUGCAGAAGAUUGUGAAAAUGUCUAUCAUCUGGUUUAUUCAGCUCACCGGCCAGUAGCAGUUGCAGCUGGAGAAUUUCUCUACAAAAAGCUCUUCAGUCGCAGAGAUCCAGAAGAGGAUGGACUGAUGAAAAGAAGGGGAAGACAAGGUCCCAAUGCCAACCUUGUGAAGACUUUGGUUUUUUUCUUCUUGGAAAGUGAGUUACAUGAACAUGCAGCUUACCUUGUGGAUAGCAUGUGGGAUUGUGCUACUGAGCUCCUGAAAGACUGGGAAUGUAUGAAUAGCUUGUUAUUAGAAGAGCCUCUUAGUGGAGAGGAAGCUCUAACAGACAGACAAGAGAGUGCUUUGAUUGAAAUAAUGCUUUGUACUAUUAGACAAGCAGCUGAAUGUCAUCCUCCUGUGGGAAGAGGGACAGGAAAAAGGGUGCUGACAGCAAAGGAGAAGAAGACACAGUUGGAUGACAGAACAAGAAUUACCGAGCUGUUUGCUGUGGCCCUUCCACAGUUAUUAGCUAAAUACUCUGUAGAUGCAGAAAAGGUGACCAAUUUGUUGCAGUUACCUCAGUACUUUGAUUUGGAGAUAUACACCACUGGACGAUUAGAAAAGCAUUUGGAUGCCUUAUUGCGCCAGAUCCGAAAUAUUGUAGAAAAGCACACAGACACAGAUGUUUUGGAAGCUUGUUCUAAAACUUACCAUGCAUUAUGUAAUGAAGAGUUCACGAUCUUCAACAGAGUAGAUAUUUCAAGAAGUCAGCUGAUUGAUGAACUGGCAGAUAAAUUUAACCGGCUUCUUGAAGAUUUUCUGCAAGAGUACAGUGCUCAUGAUCUUUCAAAGUGGGAUUUGUUCGCUUGUAAUUACAAACUCUUGAAAACCGGAAUUGAAAAUGGAGAUAUGCCUGAGCAGAUUGUUAUUCAUGCACUGCAGUGUGCCCACUAUGUAAUCCUUUGGCAGCUUGCUAAGAUCACUGAAAGCACUUCUACGAAGGAGGACUUACUGCGCUUAAAGAAACAGAUGAGGGUAUUUUGCCAGAUAUGUCAACAUUACUUGACCAACGUGAAUACUACUGUUAAGGAACAGGCCUUCACUAUUCUGUGUGAUAUUUUGAUGAUCUUCAGUCACCAGAUUAUGUCUGGAGGGCGUGACAUGUUAGAGCCAUUAGUUUAUACUCCUGAUUCUUCAUUGCAGUCUGAGUUGCUCAGCUUUAUUUUGGAUCAUGUCUUCAUUGAACAGGAUGAUGAUAGCAAUAGUGCAGAUGGUCAGCAAGAGGAUGAAGCCAGCAAAAUUGAAGCUUUGCAUAAGAGGAGAAAUUUACUUGCAGCAUUUUGUAAGCUAAUUGUAUAUACAGUGGUGGAGAUGAACACAGCUGCAGAUAUCUUCAAACAGUAUAUGAAGUAUUAUAAUGAUUAUGGCGAUAUCAUCAAAGAAACAAUGAGUAAAACAAGGCAGAUUGACAAAAUUCAGUGUGCUAAGACCCUUAUUCUCAGUCUGCAGCAGCUUUUUAAUGAGAUGAUACAAGAGAAUGGUUAUAAUUUUGAUAGAUCAUCCUCAACAUUUAGUGGCAUAAAAGAACUUGCUCGACGUUUUGCUUUAACUUUUGGACUUGAUCAAUUGAAAACAAGAGAAGCCAUUGCCAUGCUCCACAAAGAUGGUAUAGAAUUUGCUUUUAAGGAGCCUAAUCCACAAGGGGAGAGCCAUCCACCUUUAAAUUUGGCAUUUCUUGAUAUUCUCAGUGAAUUUUCUUCUAAACUGCUCCGACAAGAUAAAAGAACAGUGUAUGUUUAUUUGGAAAAGUUCAUGACCUUUCAGAUGUCACUCCGAAGAGAAGAUGUAUGGCUUCCUCUGAUGUCUUACCGAAAUUCUUUGCUAGCUGGUGGUGAUGAUGAUACUAUGUCAGUCAUUAGUGGAAUGAGCAGUCGGGGAUCAACUGUCCGGAGUAAAAAAUCAAAACCAUCUACAGGAAAACGGAAAGUGGUUGAAGGCAUGCAACUAGCACUCCCUGAAGAAAGCAGUAGCAGUGACAGUAUGUGGUUGAGCAGAGAGCAAACACUGCACACCCCUGUUAUGAUGCAGACACCACAGCUCACCUCCACUAUUAUGAGAGAACCGAAAAGGUUACGGCCUGAAGAUAGCUUCAUGAGUGUCUAUCCGAUGCAGACAGAACACCAUCAAACUCCUCUGGAUUAUAACACGCAGGUAACAUGGAUGUUAGCUCAAAGACAACAAGAGGAAGCAAGGCAACAGCAGGAGAGAGCAGCAAUGAGCUAUGUUAAACUGCGAACUAAUCUUCAGCAUGCCAUUCGGCGUGGUACAAGCCUAAUGGAAGAUGAUGAAGAGCCAAUUGUUGAAGAUGUUAUGAUGUCCUCAGAAGGAAGGAUUGAGGAUCUUAAUGAGGGAAUGGACUUUGACACCAUGGAUAUAGACUUGCCACCAUCAAAGAAUAGAAGAGAGAGAACAGAACUGAAGCCUGAUUUCUUUGAUCCAGCUUCAAUUAUGGAUGAAUCAGUUCUUGGGGUGUCAAUGUUUUAAUACCAGUACACAUUUAAAUCUGUGGUGAAGUCAUUUUCUAAGUGGAAGAGGAAAUUUUAAAAUAAAGUGUGGUAGAUACAGUGAAAUUCUGUACAGAUUUUUCUCUAAGGAGAAUAUAACAUGCUUAUGCUUACCAAGAUGAAGUGCAUUGAGGGGCAGUUUUGUUUGCCUGAAAAAAAUAAAGGACAAGUAAACAAUUUGAUGAUAAGCUACAGUUUUUCUUAGAAAGUAAAUAUUUUAUUUAUGCGCUGUUAGUUGGCUUUUAAAGGAAUUAUUUCAUGCUUUUUUAAAAAAAUAUAACAAUCUGAAGAAGUAUUUGGUACAGAUAAGAAUCUUCUCACAUUUAUUUACUGGUUGUACUAAAUAAUGAUGACCUCUGCUGGAUUUCUGUUUACAUCCACGAAACAAAAGUUAAGGAUGGAUUUAUUCCCUGACCCUGAAAUUGUAGGAUAGAAUUGUUUUUAGCAUUCUAAAUUUAAAUGCUUAAAACAUCAAUCAACAAAACUUUGUUUUAAAUGUUGUAAUUGUGGGAAAAAGUUAAACUUAUAAGCAGAACUUUUACAAUUUUUUCAUCUAAAAUGUAUUUUAAGAUAUUUUUAAAAUCCAAGAGCUUCUGUAUACUUUUCAGAAAUAUCCAGAUGCAGUGAACUGCCAGAAGGUAACCAGUCUUGAACAUGCUUAUCCCAUAGCAGCCCUGAAAGUUUGCUUGUCCUUUAAGAUAAAAAUGUAACGUUGUGAUAUUCCUUCCAGUAGUGCCACUGUAUUUUGUCUCCAAAUAAAAGAAGCUUAUUGUAGUAUGUUUGCAGAAAAUUUAAACAAAAAUUAUACAGCUUAUUAGAGUGUGGGAAUAGGGAUCUAAAUUUUAAAUAAAAUUAUAUAUAUAUAUAAAUUGGUGCUGAUUUUAUAAUUGCGCAGUUUGUUUAGUUUUUUCUUACUUUUAAAUUCCAACUUAAAAUUAUGAGGUUUCAGAAAUAUAUUGAAAGUUUAACAAUGUUUAAAAAUAGAAAAGCAUGACUGUUCAUGCUUUAAAAUGAUUUUUAAAUUUGUAUUUUAUAUUGUUUUAUCUAUCUGUCUUUGCAAGCAGUCUUCAGGUUAAAGAUACUUCUAACAGGUUACAGUACAUUUCCUCUGUAUGUAAAUUAGAUGGGAUAAUAGAAUUCAUAACCCAUAAUAUUCUUUGAAAGCUAAGCUUUAAACUUCAUUUUAUGUCCUUUCACAAGUGAAUUAGUUUAAAACAGAAAGUGGCCACUUGCCAUUUUGACAUCAACUCAUUUUGCGAGGCUUAGGCAGCUAGACAUCGUUUAAAACAAAAUAUUAACUUAUAUUACAUGUAUAUCUAUCUUUUGUCAGUCGUCUCUCAGUUCUUGAGGUAUAUUAUUUUAAUCAUUCCAUGCCUUAAUAUGCUUGCAAUACAAGAAUAUCUUCAGAUGUGUGAAUACCAAAAGGUUUCUGGUUUUUCAAGUCAGGAAAUCAACAAGCAUUGGGCUGUGGUAGCCAAAAAACCAUAGGUUAAAUGAACGACCACAACAUACAUUUGUUUUAUUAAUUCAUGGUUAACAAAUAAAACCAGACUUGUCUAACAUACUUUCCAUCAACAAACAUUGUUCUGUGCAGACGUAUUGCAUAUGUUCUUUUACACACCACUGCAUUUCCUAGAACUGCUGAGGGGACUGUAUAUAUGAUUUGAAACCUAGGUUGAUUUUUUUCUCACUCUUGAAAGGAGUAUUUCUUUGUGAAAGCAGUUCUUCCAGCUUUGUUUUGAACCAGCUAAACUGUUUUCUAUAUUACUCUAACCUGUUGUCCUCCACAUUCUAUUGUCCUAAUUGUACUGUUUGCUGAUUUGUAUUUAUGUCUUGAGACAGUAACUUUUUGAAUAAAAAUAAACCUACCGUAUGUUGUA